CGUUAUUGAUUUGUCACGUGUAUUAAAUAAAUUUCAACGAUGGUAAACCUUGGAACUAAUGAAAAUAAGGAUAUAUUUGACGAGAAGAGUAUGGUGUUCAGGAUAGAGAACGAUAUUUUGAUCGGUAAGGAGGUACCGAUUUACAGGGAAUGCACAAACGUCGGUGCGUUGGUAUUGGAGAAGAUGCGAAGUAGACCGGAGUUCGUCGCUCAAGUGGAGGCGGUUACUGGCACGGAGACCACUUUUGCAGAAAUGACGGAGAAAAGUGUGAAGUGCGCGCUGUGGCUAAGAGAGCAAGCUGUUCAGCCGGGCGACAUAAUCGGCAUUUGCACUCACAAUCACUUGGAGUCAUACGUACCAUUGCUAGCGGCACUCUACAUCGACGCCAUUAGCAAUCCCUGGGACAACGAACUUUCCCCAACGACCGCACGUUACUUCCUCAUGUUGACGAGGCCAAAAAUAGUGUUCGUGAACGCCGAGUCGGCAAAAUGUCUAGAGCAAGUUAUCAAGGAAAACAAUUUAAACACCAAGCUGGUGGUGUUCGGUGAACUGGCAGGAUUUGAAGACGCGUCUCUGACGAGCAUUUUACAUUCUCAGGACGACACGGGGAUCAACGAAUUCGAGUGUGUAGAAUUGUCCAGCCCUGAUCAUGUCGCCACAAUCGUUUGCUCGUCCGGUACCAGCGGUCUUCCGAAAGCUACCGAGAUCAGCCACGCGUCCAUGAUCAAUUACAUGGCUUGUGUCAAGAUUCACGACCUCCAAGGACACGUGUCUAUGUGGACGCCUUCCAUGCGGUGGUACUGUGGUCUAUUCAUCAUUAUCAAGGCUAUUCUUGAUUGCUCAAAAAGGGUCAUAAUCCCAGAUUGCGAUAAAAUUGAGAAGAUAUGUCGUUUCAUCGAAAAAUGCGAUUCCUGCUUCCCUAUUCGACUGGUAAAGUUCGGCAUAUUAAGCAAGUACCGACUACCAACAUUGAAAAUCCUUUUGUUUGGCGGCGCGCGUUUCCGGGGAGAGCUGCAGCAGAGUCUGAUGAAACUUUUGCCGCAUACCAAUGUCAUAUUGAGCUACGGAAUGACAGAUUACGGUGGAUUAUGUGCCCGUCAAACGAAACACAGUAAACCAGGUAGUUGCGGAUUUGUGUGCGAAACAGGACGGUUGAAAGUAGUCGAUCCUGACACGGGAAAGGUCUUGGGGGUCAAUAAAACCGGAGAAAUAUGGGCCAAAUCGUCGUACAUGAUGAAUGGAUACUACAACAACCCUGAGGCCACAAAGAACGCUAUCGAUUCGGACGGAUGGUUGCAUACUGGCGAUCUUGGAUACUAUGAUGACGAUGGCGAAAUCUUCCUCGUCGACAGAAUAUCGGAAUUCAUAAACUACAGAGCUAUCAAGAUAUCGCCCGCAGAAAUCGAAGUUUUGAUUCAGCAACAUCCCGCAGUCCUCGAAGUCGCCGUAAUGGCGGUGCCACAUGAUGUCGAGGAGGAACAUGCCAUGGCUUUUAUCGCGAAAGUACCCGGGAAAGAGGCGACGGAGCUCGACAUAACCAACUUGGUUGAGCAGAACAUGCCGUGGUACUGCAGGUUGCAUGCGGGAGUUAAAUUCAUGCAGAGGCUUCCUCGUACGGCCACGGGGAAAAUCGCUAAGAAGGAACUCAAACAAAUCGCGAAGAAUUACUCGACGAAUUAA